AUAAUAAGGUCUCGAAAAUGUCGAAUUCGCUAUCGAUUUGGCGACAGUGAUAAAAACAAUGAUGUGAUUUUAAAGCAAAUAAUCAGUGCAACUAAAAAUAAGUGGUCAGUGUGUAGAAUUUUAUUACAAGACAGACAAAAAGUCAGUUGAUAUAUUUGAAUUUAAUCAAAAUAUGGCUCACAACUAAGUUGUUACAAUUUUUGGAGUAAAAUAGAGUGGCAUAGACAAAACAAAAUGACAGCGUGGCUAUGGUUCGCUGCGCUAGUCUGUGGCUCGCAGGCGGCAGUGCUGCCCCCUCCGUGGGCGGACGCCAAGCGCAACCCCUGCGCUACGCAUCCCCGAGGCUGGCUAAUGCUGUACUGGCCUGCUGAUGGAAAAUGCUAUACAAUUUAUAAGAAAGGCUACCCAUGUUCGGAGACGCAGGAGCUGAGUCCAGGGCGAUGGGGCGGGCGCACUGUGGCGGAGUGCAAGUGUCCGCCGGGUACAGCACAACUGCCGCUAUCCAACGUCUGCCACAAGCUGUUCGAGCGCGGACCCUGCCGGCCUGGGGAGUACUUCGCACCAGUGGAAGAGACAUUCAACAAGCGCGGGGUGCGGCAGGGCAUGUGCGUGCGGCCGCAGCAGUGCGCGGACUCGACACUGCUGUACUGGCCGGCGGACGGCCGCUGCUAUCACCGACUCACGCAGGGCCCAUGCUACCCUGGUACUAUCCUAGACAUCGGUACUGAUGGGUUAGCUAACUGCACCUGCGAGUCCGGCGGUCCAAACUUCUGGUCGGAGGAUGGCGGCUGCUACGCACACUACACGCGUGGCCCGUGCGAGCGCGGUCAGCUGUUCCUGCCCGGCGGUAGAUGCGGCUGCGACACCUACCUGCCGCACUAUCACAACGAUACUGCUGCUUGUUAUGAGCUAGAUACGCUGGGACCGUGCACGAAGGGGCACGUGUUCACAAUAGCAGAAGUAUCGGAGCAGGGCUCGCGCGCUGAGUGCCGCUGCAAGUCGUUCCACGCGCGCGCCUUCGAUGGCUCCUGCUACCGACUGUACACGCGCGGGCCAUGCAAGAACGACGAGAUGAUCGCUAGGGGAGGACGGUGUACUAAGGUCCCUUGUGGGCGUGGUCGCCUGUAUGUACCAGAGCGGCGGCGCUGCUACAGGCCGGGCGCGGGCGAGCCGUGUGCGCCGGGUGAGGUGCUCGCCUUCGAUUUCGAGGCGCGCCCCGCGCUCGAUGGGCUCAGCCACAACGGCGUCUGCGUUUGCGGCGCCGGUAUAUGUGCCAGUCGAGAGGUUGCAUCUUGUUCAUCGCGCAAAGGUGCUGUUACAUACAACAAUGCGUGUCACUUGUUGCACACACAGGGUCCAUGUGCAGCUGACUCCUGGCUGGUGUGGAGAGAAGGUCAUGCCAAAUGUGAAUGUAGACCCAACCAAACAUGUGACAGCUGACAUUGGACUGUUUAAAAUAGAAAAUGAUCUCGUCGUUAAGUUAUAUGAGUUAUAAAUAUUUAUAGUAAAUUGUGUUAAUUCCUUGAUGUCUUUUGUUCGGAAUAAGACUUGAUUGUAAGGUCUAAACAUAUUAUAAGCAUAAUAUAAGUCUAGAUCUAGUAAUUU